AUAUCUUCCCCACCUUUCUCCAUCUUUAUUUUUCACUUUCCACACACUUAACUUAAUUAACCAAGCUCGUAAGCUGUUUUCAUCAAUGGCCGACCGUGACCGCUCUUACCGGUUUGACCAGGUUGUUCGUGGUGAUAGAACGAACUAUCAAAGUGGACCAUCAACAACCCAAGUUCUAACCGUCCUCACCCUCCUUCCCAUCGGCGGCACUCUCCUUGCAUUAGCCGGGCUAACCCUCACCGGCACCGUCAUCGGCCUAUGCGUGGCAACGCCACUCUUCGUCAUCUUCAGCCCGGUUCUGCUCCCAGCUGCCAUCGCGGUUUUCAUGGCUGUGGCCGGUUUCUUGUCGUCCGGGGCUUUUGGGUUGACGGGGCUGUCCUCGCUCUCCUACGUAUUUAACCGCUUCAGACAGGCGACUGGCACCGAGCAGCUCGACGCGGACCGGGCCAAGAGGGGCAUGCAAGAUAUGGUGGGGUAUGUGGGACAAAAGACUAAGGAAGCUGGGCAGACUAUCGAAAACAAGGCUCAUGAGGGUGGUAGGACAUGAAUAUGAACCAUGGAAGGUUGCUUUGCUUCCUUGUAAAAUGUACUUUAAGUGUGUUUCAUUUUCGAGAAGUCUUUCGUCUUUGCGAUUUUCGUGCGUGUUGAUUUUAUCUUCUUCUUUUUCUCUAGUUGUGAAAUAAUGGGUAAUAUACUAAUAUAUUAGAUUUGUGGUA